UUGGUCCAUGUCUUUGAUUAUAUAAAACGCAAAACAAAUUGUUUAUCGAUGGCAGCUACGAUGUAAUUGGGAGUCCGUUUUAAUUCCACAUUUAGAACGCUUGAUUAACCAUUAACUACUUGAAAGUGUAUAUUUAUUCUCAAGGGCUUAACUAGUUUUGAAAUCUCGUUCCGCCUUUUUGAUUUUUGCAAAAUUGUUUACCGGUUAAUAAAGAAACAGUUCGAACAGAUUUAUGGAUCGAAUCAAAGUGUUUAAAACACGAAUACGCUUGAAUAAGAUCUCGGGCGGUGUUUGAUGAAGCGUGUAAUCUUUAAACAUGCAGAGGAGCUCAAAAGAAUUUCACCGUUGCACGAGAGCUCAACCAAGUUAUCCAAGUAUUUUUUUUUUAAAACUUUUUUUUUCAAGCAAUGAAAAAACGUAGCAAGUUUCACCUUAAAUGUUGAGCGGAACCCUUCCGCUUAACGAAAAGUUUUUAAGUAUGGAAGAUGUAUUAGAUACAACAUUUUACUCCGAUGAUUUUCUUACACGAACUCUUACUACGUCCGUUUUGUAUGAUAAAUCACAGCUCGAUCUUACAUUCGUUGAGAAUAAUAACUGUUUGCCAUCAAAACGGCCACAAUAUGAAUCUACUGUUGAAUCUCCUAACCUUGAUUUUUUAAAACUCGGUUCACCUGAUCUUGAACAGAUGUUUAUGAACAUAAAUGAAAAUGAUUCAAACUUUUCAAGUGAAGAUAAAUCUGACUCUUCUGCUUUUUCUUUGGAUGACGAUUUUGUGAGUACGGAAAAUUGUUUUACCGAUGCUCUUCAGCAAUUGCAUGACAAACAAGAAAUUUUACCAACUGAUUUUUCUGGUACAAAUUGUAAUAAUAGAGUUGGCAAAGAAAAUUUACAUUCAAAAAUUUUGCAAGGAAAGCGCAAGCCUAUAUCGUCACCUAUGAAUAUCCAAAAGCUAAGAACUCAAAAUCCUAUGAAACAAUUAUAUAAUCCAAAUCAACAACGUAGAAACAAUUUUCAGCAUCCUUGUUCGCACCCUCCUAACAAAAAUCAGCAUCGUUUAAACAACCUUGCUGUUCAUCAUCAAAACAAUAUUUCUCAUUUAUCAAUUUCUGAACAAAUGGCGCUUAAUAACCAAUUAACAAUGAUGAACAACAUGAACCAAUCAAUUAAUGCCCACCAUAUGCAACAGCAACACGAAAUUGCUUUUCUCACACAAGCAAUGGGAUUUCAAUCUGACCGCGAGCCUAGUUUAAAUUAUCAAAACGACCGUACUAUGAUCAACUCUAACGGGUUCCAAUCACAGCACAACGUACCAUCGCAAGUCCCUUCGCAACUUCAACAAAAACUUUUAGAACAUCAACUAAUGCAGCAACAGAUUGGCGCUAGUUAUCAAAACAACAAUAACAACACAACUCAUCAUGUGCCUCAAAUAGACUCUAUAAACGGUUUGGGUAUUGACGAAGGAACAUUAAAAAUGCUAAUGGAAAAUCCUCACAUGGUACCUGUAAAUCUUGAAUUGCAAGAACUUAUAAAAAGAGAACGAAAAAAACUUCGAAACAGAGUUGCCUCUUCUAAGUGCAGAAAAAGAAAACUUGAACGAGAAGGAAGACUAGAAGAUAAAGUUAAAGAUUUAAAGGAAAAAAAUAUUGAAUUAAAUGCAGUAGCUAACGCGUUAAAACAACAAAUAUGUGACUUAAAGCAACGUGUAAUGGAUCACGUAGGUGACGGUUGUCAAAUUGUUUUACCCCCUUAAUGUUUUAAUAACGGAAAAACUUGCUCUUCGAUAAAUUUUGAAAUAAUCGCGUGUUUUAUAAAACUGAUCUAUAUUAUGUAAGUUCAUCAGGCAACUUUUUUAAGCGCUCAGUAGAUAAUUGGACGUUCAUCCAAUAGAAUUAUUGGAAAGAAAAUGUUUAACCAAUAAAAUUUCAUUAGUAAUUUUUUACAUAUUAGUAUUUUUUUAAGGUACAUUAUUUAUUUUGAUACGCACUGUUGAAUUAAUGUUUAUAUCGGACCGAACAAAAAGUAAUAUUUUUUGCAUUACCCACAAAUGUACAGUGAUUUCUUAUGUUUCAUAUCAAACUGUAUUCCAAAAGUGUUUUAUUGGAAAUUAAAAUACCACUAUGCAAUAUAUUUAUAAAUAUAUAUAUAUCUAUAUUUCUUUUA